UCUCUCUCACUACCUUUAUUCUUAGCGCCUUUGCUUUUGUUCCUUUUCUUUUACCUUUUCUUCUCAUUGGAACUGAAAAUUUUGCUUCUUUUUUUCUUCUUCUUCUUCCCAUAUCUAUCUUCUCUUUCACUCUUACUGAUUUAGGUCUCGGUUAAUCUUCUUUGAUCUCGCAUUCCCAUUUGUUAGAAAGUCGAAUUGCUUUACCUUUUCUCUGUUUUCUUCUUCUGGGUUUUGCGUCUCCUCUCUUUUCCCGGGAGAAAUUUCGUUUCUUUCCCGGGAAGUUUGUCCAUAGUGGAAAUUGAAUCUAAAUUCGACAUUGUGUUGUUGUGUGAAACCAUAAAGUUUCUCUCUUUACGCUCAAUUUGAUCUCCAUUGAUGGGGCUGUGUCAUGGGAAACCUAUCGAACAACAAUCGAAGAAUCUCCCAAUCUCCAAUGAAAUCGAAGAGACACCUAAGAAUUCAUCUCAGAAGGCGAAAUCUUCAGGCUUUCCGUUUUAUAGUCCAAGCCCUUUACCUAGUCUCUUCAAAACCUCACCUGCUGUGUCAUCCUCCAGCGUGAGCUCCACGCCACUUCGUAUCUUUAAGCGACCUUUCCCACCUCCAUCACCAGCUAAGCAUAUACGAGCUCUCCUCGCGCGUCGUCACGGUUCUGUUAAGCCCAAUGAAGCUUCGAUCCCUGAAGGUAGUGAAUGUGAGGUUGGCUUGGACAAGAAAUUUGGUUUCUCUAAGCAGUUUGCUUCACACUACGAGAUUGACGGUGAGGUGGGUCGAGGGCAUUUUGGUUAUACUUGCUCUGCUAAGGGGAAAAAAGGUAGCUUGAAAGGUCAAGAUGUGGCUGUCAAAGUUAUUCCCAAAUCCAAGAUGACUACGGCAAUUGCAAUUGAGGAUGUUAGAAGAGAAGUGAAGAUAUUGCGGGCUUUAACUGGUCACAAGAACCUAGUCCAGUUCUAUGACGCCUUCGAAGAUGAUGAAAAUGUUUACAUUGUCAUGGAGUUAUGCCAAGGCGGUGAACUCUUGGACAAAAUACUUCAAAGGGGAGGCAAAUACUCAGAAGUAGAUGCUAAAAAAGUAAUGAUUCAGAUUCUUAGUGUAGUAGCCUACUGUCAUCUUCAAGGCGUGGUUCACCGUGACCUCAAACCUGAGAAUUUUCUCUUCACCACAAAGGAUGAGUCUUCCCCUUUGAAAGCCAUUGAUUUUGGUCUCUCCGACUAUGUCAGGCCAGAUGAGAGGUUGAAUGACAUUGUAGGAAGUGCUUAUUACGUGGCCCCUGAAGUUUUACACCGUACAUAUGGAACUGAGGCAGAUAUGUGGAGUAUUGGAGUGAUUGCUUAUAUACUACUCUGUGGUAGCCGGCCCUUUUGGGCCCGUUCUGAAUCUGGAAUCUUUAGAGCUGUUCUUAAAGCAGAACCCAAUUUCGAAGAAGCUCCUUGGCCAUCUCUUUCACCUGACGCUGUAGAUUUUGUGAAACGUUUGUUAAAUAAAGAUUACCGUAAGAGACUAACUGCUGCACAGGCUUUAUGCCAUCCGUGGCUGGUUGGCUCACAUGAAUUAAAGAUACCAUCUGAUAUGAUCAUUUACAAGCUCGUAAAAGUAUACAUAAUGUCGUCUUCUUUGAGAAAAUCGGCUUUAGCGGCUCUUGCCAAAACUUUAACAGUACCGCAGCUGACUUAUUUGCAAGAGCAGUUUAAUCUGUUAGGACCAAGCAAAAACGGAUAUAUCUCGAUGCAGAAUUAUAAAACAGCAAUCUUGAAGAGCUCCACAGAAGCUACAAAGGAUUCACGAGUCUUGGAUUUUGUACACAUGAUUAGUUGUCUUCAGUAUAAGAAACUAGACUUUGAAGAGUUUUGCGCUUCAGCUUUAAGUGUAUAUCAGCUAGAAGCAAUGGAGACUUGGGAGCAACAUGCACGCCGUGCAUAUGAGUUGUAUGAGAAGGAUGGGAACAGAGUCAUCAUGAUCGAAGAACUUGCCACGGAACUCGGACUAGGUCCAUCGGUGCCUGUUCAUGUUGUUCUUCAAGAUUGGAUAAGACAUUCUGAUGGGAAGCUAAGUUUCUUGGGUUUUGUCAGACUCUUACACGGCGUCUCCUCUCGUACAUUGCAGAAAGCGUAGAAGAGAAUUAGAUUAAAGAUUUGAAAAAAGAAACAAAAGAGAGCAAAAUUUGUGAACAUAAUUGUUUUGAAAAAGAUUUGAACAAGUUAUUUUACAAACUAAGAAUCUUAUUUUUUGAACAAAAUAAACUUUACCAGAUGAACCGAAUUGUUCCGAUUUC